CCCCAGAGCAGGUCUAUCCAGCUGUUAGCCCAGGCGGCCCUUCUGGUGGUUCCGCUUGCAUUCACCAUGCUGCCCACUAAUUGAAGUGAGUGGGAAGAGGAGGGACGAGCCCCGCACUCUCUGGGCUCUAGUGAGACGCAGCCACAGGAGGGGGACGCUCGGCGGCCAGUGAAGGAAUCUGUGCAACUAGUCAGGCAGAGCUGUCAGUGGCGGCACAGAGCAACCCGGCUGGGAUUAGAGAGAGGGGUGAGGCACAGGGAGCCUGAGAGAGCGGUGAGGCACAGGGAGCCUGAGAGAGCGGUGAGGCACAGGGAGCCUGAGAGAGCGGUGAGGCACAGGGAGCCUGAGAGAGCGGUGAGGCACAGGGAGCCUGAGAGAGAGCGGUGAGGCACAGGGAGCCUGAGAGAGCGGUGAGGCACAGGGAGCCUGAGAGAGCGGUGAGGCACAGGGAGCCUGAGAGAGCGGUGAGGCACAGGGAGCCUGAGAGAGAGCGGUGAGGCACAGGGAGCCUGAGAGAGCGGUGAGGCACAGGGAGCCUGAGAGAGCGGUGAGGCACAGGGAGCCCGUUCCUGUAGGGUUAGUGAAUGCUGUAGGCAAUACAUGUGUAUAGGAGGUGCCCCCUGUCUCCUGUGAAAUGAGCCGCUCUCUCUUGCUCCUCCUACUGCUCCUAAAAGUCGUGGCCAUGACGCCCUCCCAGCGCCCCCCGAGUUGCCAUGAAGUGCGAACGGCUUUCCAGCUGCAGCAGGUCGGGAGGGGCCGCCUGGUACCCGAAGUACCUGUGGAGGAGUCUGACCUGGAGAUUUGCCAGCACAAAGCCCCUACCUGCUGUACCAGGAAGAUGGAAGAGAGCUACCAGGCCGCCGUGAGAAGAGAGAUUGCCCAUAACAUCCAAGCACUGAACUUUGAGCUCAAAUUUAUGAUAGUCUCACACAAGUCUAAUUUUAAAGAGGGCUUCACCCACUUGAUUGAUCUUGCUGUAAACCACACACUUUCAUUGUUUGAUAGCAACUUCUGGCUUUUGGAACAAGAAGCAAGGGAUCCAGUAAGGGAACUGUUCACAGAUAUCUCUCUGUAUGUCCUUGGAGAAGAGAUACCUGUUGAUGCCGCUGUCUCACGUUUUUUUGAUGCCCUUUUUCCUUUGGUAUAUAAGCAUCUUAUAAAUCCAAGGAUGGCACCCCUUCCGAAAGAACACUUGGAAUGUCUACGCUUGACACGGCAGGAUAUUAAUCCCUUUGGGCUUUACUCUCAGACAAUGGCGACUAGGCUUUCUAAGUCACUCUGGGCUAGCAGGAUGAUGAAUCAGGCACUUAACAUGGUGGAACAUGUCAUUAAUGGCACAGAACAGACUGUCAUGACACGAGAGUGCACGCGGGCACUGGUGAAAAUGCAGUACUGCCCUCACUGCCAAGGUCUUACUCUUAUUCGGCCCUGUGUGGGCUACUGUCUCAAUGUUAUGAGAGGAUGCUUUGCUACUCUGGCAGAACUGGAUGCUCCUUGGAGGGACUUUAUCUCCUUACUGGAGCAUCUUGCACGGCAGUUGUCUGGAUCAUAUGACUUGGAGCUGGCACUUUUGGGGAUUAGGGAAAUGGUGAAAGAAUCCAUCCAGUAUGCAGAGAUGAAUGGAUCCAACAUUUCAUCUGUGGUAGAGAAGGUCUGUGGGCCACUACAGGAGAGUCCUGCCAAACCCACCCUGGAUGUCAUUGUACAGAUGAAUGUGGAAGAUGAACUACCCCAAGUAACUAAGUUUCCAGCUUCUGGUCACCUGAGAAGCUCUCUACCUUUGAAAGCCUCGAAGAGCGACAGACCUCGCAAUAUGAAGAGAGUCUCUCGGGAAUUUAUCAAGUAUAUGGAAAAUUCGAAAGCAUUUUAUGCCACGUUGGCAGAGCGGUUGUGUAGCGGGGAUCUGGCAGUGAGAGAUGGAUCCACUUGCUGGGAUGGAGAAGAUGUGGUAGAAAGUUAUACAAACAUAGUUGUCUCCAGUGAGUUCAAAGCUCAAGCAAACAACCCUGAAGUGAAAGUCAGGGGGCGAAAUGUUCUCAUCACCAAUGUAAUCAACAGGCUGAAUCAUUUUAUACAGACCGGUUCCGAAAAGCAGAUUAGUCCUGACAAGAAUCGGAUCAGGGAAGGGAGUGGAGGAGAUGAUAAAGUGGAAGAUGCGGAUCCCAGCGGUGACUGUGAUGAUGAAGAUGGAUGCCAAGGUUCUGGGGAUUCUUCUACGCGCACAGGCACAAAGCUGAUACCGGACGUCUCAAGGAAAGGCAACGGCACAGUGAAUGUUCUCCUUUCUUAUCCAGGUGCCACCAAGAUAUCCCAUAAUCAGAAGAACCUACCAGGCACUGGUAGCAGGUUGAAACUUUCUUCAGCUCUACCUUUGGCUGCCUUAUUAUUCAUAUGUCAGUAUAUAUAAUGGCUCUGUAAUGCUGCAGCUACCUUUAAGAAUGUGUUCAUAAUCCUUUGAAGCCUUAUUCAAGAAACGAAGGGCUGAAACAUAUAGAUGAAUCUGGUGGUACUUGACUUUGUGUCUCUGUCGCCUUAAACUGAGAAGGAAGAACUUGCAAAGAAGAUUAACGUGCUGGGAGCAGUAUGGACUGUGGUGACUUUCUAUGGAGUAGUCCACAAGUAGCCUAGAAGCAAAACUUACUUUAUGAAUAAAUGGUUUCCUGAACUCUGCUUGUAAUACGCAAGUGAAACUUGGACAGAUGUGGUGGAAAUAGACACAUUCAAACCAGCACCUUGUCUUCUGAACCAGCAGGCCCACAGAUACAUGUCUUUGCACUUUAGAAGCCACUAAACCAAGAUGGGCUUCAAGUAAUUUAAUACCUCUCAACAUCUAGUAAAAAUUCACAAAGUUGAUUGUCAACUUUCUAUCUUUCACCAGAUAUUUGUGUACUUUUCAAUUUAUUUUGUUUUCUAUCCUGGUCUUGUUUAGAUAGCUCAAUUUCUGGAAAGCCACUGAAAGGUUAGUAUGGUUGUGAGGAAGCAAGAAAGGUCUGCAGUAUCGGUUCAGUAAUAAGAAAGGAACUGAUAGUAGACGACUCUGGUUUUCCAUUAACCAAAGACAAUUUGGGAACUGUGAGACAAAACCUUCAUAAACUGAGGGUUACAUUGAAAGCUAAAUGUGUAGCCUUCAGAAGCAGGGAACCACAGGGCUGGCAACUGGCUGACAAAGCUGGAACGUGGGGUUCACAACUAAAAGAGGGUCAAGGUUACCUACCCCUUUUGUGACUGUAACUUCAAGGGAUGGCAGUCACAUGCAGUUAAGGUGUUAAGCCAAUUUUAUUGAGCUACAGACUUGUGAUGGAGUAACCUUUCCUUCGUCAUUAUAGUCCGCAACUCCAUUACAACCAGUCCGUGGCUUCAUAAUAUUGGCUGAUUGCCUUAAAUACACCUGAGUGUUGUUCCUGUGGUUACAACAAUAAUGCUACAUAGUGAUGCCUAGCCAGACAUCCAGGGAGCAAGAGCACCACUUUUGGAUAAACUGAGUGCAGGUGAUUUUCCUCUAUAGACAAAAAAAUGAACCUAAAAUAAAAGUUGAUGAAACAUGAAAAUGAAUUUUUGGAACAUUCCCAAGCAAAAGCGCAUAAAGUUUCCCCAAAACUUAGGCAACUGAUAUUUUGUAUCUAACCUUGUUAUCCUAAUUCUCUGAUGGCUGUGUCCUCUGUUAUCUGCCAUAAUAGGUGUGCGAUAAUGUCACACAUGGAGAUCUGACAGCUUUUUGCUUCAGAAACAUUUCUCUGGAUUAGUCUUGGUGACAAAACAGGGAAUUGUUCUCUGUCAAUUCUGAUAUAUUUUUGUUUGUUGUUUUUGGUCACAUAAAUUUUAAAUUUUAUAAAGUGGAGAAUACAAAAUGGCCUGUUUGGCAUUAGCCUUGUUUUUAUGGCUGUACCCUUUAUUAGUUUCACAGCAGGGUUUCUGUUGCACAUGGAUAAAUGGCUUCACCCCUAAUAAGAGUUUUAUCCAAGAUAUAUUCAAUUUAAAUCAAACACAAUUACUGAUAUAUGUGGAAAUUGCUACUGCAUUUUUUAUAGAUAAAACAGUUUUUAUUUUAGGUUUUUGAGUUCAGUUAAAGCCCAGGAAGGCAUACGUGUAGAGGAAAAACAUCAUCAAUAAAACCGCUAAUAACGCAAUACUAGUAAACUGAUUUUUUUCUACAAUGCAUUCUGGGAAUAGGUACUAACACUACAUUAGUGCAACUAGAUCAUUAUUAUCUGCACAUAGUAGGGCAGGCUGCAUUCCUCUAUCUUCUGUAUAUACUCCAGUAAGUAAUAUAAACAUAGUCAUUUAGGGAGUGGUCUCAUUAUUUCUUAUAAUAUACUGGAUAUGUCAUUGGCAUGAAUGGGCAACAUAUAUGAUAGUCAGGUGCCAGCUAUCUCCUGUCCUACGUUAGUAUACAGGUAUAGGAUCUGUUAUCUGGAAACCUGUUAUCCUGAAAGCUCCAAAUUGCUAAAAGGCCAACUCCCAUAGACUCCAUUUUACACAAAUACUUAACAUUUUUAAAAAUGAUUUCUUAUUGGGUUAUUUAAUGUUUAAAAGAUUUUUUAGUAGACUUCAUGUGUGGGGAUCCAAAUUACAGAAAGAUCCCUUAUCAAGAAAACCCCAGGUCCUGAGCAUUCUGUACAAAAGGUCCCAUACCUGUAUAAUAACUCAGCAUUUCCAUGUACAAUACAAUUCCUUUGUUUUCAUAUCUCUGUGAUGUUGGAGCCAAUAUGGCUGCUUAUCAAGAUCUCAGCUGUGACUUUGAGAAAGAGCCAUAUUGGCAUCAAAAUGUCUCUCUUAGUCCAAUAUAAAUGUUACUGUACAUGCUGUCCAUGGUAAAUGUGGGAGGAUGCUGGGAAGACUUGUACCCAAUAUAGCAACUGGUGGGCAUAUGCAUUGCACUAACCUCAUGCUACAACGAGUGCUACUUUCUAACCACAGGAUUUUAUUUAUGUUAACAUUUCUCGCAACCUCUAUGUAUUUUUUUUGUUGUUGUUGUUUUACAGUUCUGGAGCGUAAAGGGGAGCUGUCACAGCGGUAGACAUGCAACUAAGCUGUGGUGGAUGUUUAAUAAAACUGUUUGCAAAAAGGGCAGUAGAAGCCAUUUGUUAUAAAAACUCAGUUCAUAUCAACAA